AUGGUUGUUGCACAACACCUGUCUGCUGAUGGUACACCUUUUUCGGAUCCAACUCUCUAUCGGUCUCUCGUUGGUGCCCUCCAAUAUUUGACCAUUACUUGGCCCGACAUUGCUCAUGCUGUCAAUUUUGUUAGCCAAUUUUUACAUUCUCCAACUGAGGAUCAUUUUCUUGUUGUUAAGCGUAUUCUUCAUUAUGUCAAGGGUACCUUUCAUUUUGGUCUUCAUUUUCGCCCCUUUGCCACUCCUGGUGCUUUAUUUGCUUACUCUGAUGCAGAUUGGGCAGGCUGCCUUAACACUCGUCGUUCUACCUCUAGCUACUCUAUUUAUCUUAGUGACAACUUGGUUUCUUGGAGUGCCAAGAAGCAACCUACUGUAUCCCGCUCUAACUGUGAAUCUGAGUAUCGUGCUCUUGCACACACUGCCGCUGAACUCCUUUAG